AUGGCGGCGCCGGGGACGCUGAAUCUGGAGGGCACGCACACGUGGGGGUCGCGGAGCAUCGACGAGUUUGAGAAGCUGGAGCAGAUCGGCGAGGGCACCUACGGGCAGGUGUACAUGGCGCGGGAAAAGAACACGGGCGAGAUAGUGGCGCUGAAGAAAGUGCGCAUGGACAACGAGAAGGAGGGGUUCCCCAUCACAGCGAUCCGCGAGAUCAAGAUAUUGAAGAAGCUCAAGCACGAGAACAUUGUCAACCUCAAGGAGAUCGUCACCUCCAAAGCGGAGGAGAGCAACAAGUUCAAGGGCAGCAUCUACAUGGUGUUUGAGUACAUGGACCAUGACCUCACUGGCCUCUCCGACCGCCCUGGCAUGCGCUUCUCCGUGCCCCAGAUCAAGUGCUACAUGAAGCAGCUGCUCACGGGGCUGCACUUCUGCCACAUCAACUCCGUGCUGCACCGCGACAUCAAAGGGUCCAACCUGCUCAUCAACAACAAGGGUGUGCUCAAGCUCGCUGACUUCGGCCUCGCGCGCUCCUUCAACAGCGAGGCCAGCGGCCAGCUCACCAACCGCGUCAUCACCCUUUGGUACCGACCGCCGGAGUUGCUGAUGGGUGCAGUGCGGUACGGGCCGGCAGUGGACAUGUGGUCAGUGGGGUGCAUAUUCGCAGAGCUGCUCAUCGGCAAGCCCAUCCUGCCAGGCAAGAGCGAGAUAGAGCAGCUGGGGCUCAUCUUCCAGCUCUGCGGCACACCGGACGAGAGCAACUGGCCGGGGUGCUCCAAGCUGCCGUACAUGCAGCAGCACAAGAGCGACCGCGUGCUCAAGCGCCGCGUGCGAGACAUCUUCAGAAAUGUGGACAAGCACGCGCUGGACCUGCUGGACAAGAUGCUCACACUCGACCCCAACAAGGUGCGUGCCCCGCCGCCACCACUCUGCUUCUACCACUUCCUCUUUUCCACGUUCUUCAAACCAUUAGGCUGUGCGUUGCCAUGCUAUCCGCGCACGGGUGCUCCUUUCCCUCCCCCUCCGUCUCAACGCCCCCUGCCAUGCACUAACACCCUGCCAUACCCAUACACACUCACCCUGCCUCAGUACGAGUCGUCUGUCAUGUUUCAGCCCAACACCCUUCCACCCACUCUCCCCGUCCUUUCCCGCUCCCAACCCUCCUUGCCUCCCCUUUCCGCUCCCAACCCUCCUUGCCUCCCCUUUUCCGCUCCCAACCCUCCUUGCCUCCCCUUUUCCGCUGCCAUACCCUUUACAGCCUGCCGCAGUACGAGUCGUCCCACGAGUUUCAGACCAAGAAAAGACGGCAGCAGCAGCGGCAGCAGGCAGAGGAGAUGGCAAAGCGGCAGCGCGCAGGGGGGGGAGGAGGAGGGGGAGGGCCAGGGGGAAGCGGGCUCCCCCCCCACCCCCAUGGGCGCCAAUCCUCCUCUCUGCUUCCGCCCAGGGGGGGAGCAGGGGGAGGGGGCGCAGGAGGUGGCGGGUAUAUGCGGGGGGCAGCUGGGGGGAGAAUGCCGCAGGGGGGAGGGGGAGGGGGAGGGGCAGGGGGGAGGCAAGGGGGGGUUGGGGGGGGGCAUUAUGGACAGGAGCGGAUGCCUGGAGGGGGAGGGGGAGGGGCGUCAGGGGGAGGUGGUUAUGGAGGGGGCGGGGGAGGAGGGUAUGGGAGUGGCGGAGGGGGGAGGCAAGGGCAAGCUUAUGGGGGAGGAGGGGGGUAUGGGGGAAGAGGAGGAGGGAGUGGAGGCGGAGGGAGUGCCAAUCGACCAGGGGGGCAUGGGUGAGUGUGAUGGAGCAUGGUGUGAUGGGGCAUGGGUGGGCAUGGGUGAGUGUGAUGGGGCAUGGGUGAGUGUGAUGGGGCAUGGGGCUGCGGCCGGUUCAUCGGGCAGCAGACCACUGCCGUACCCACCCGCGGCGGGGUACGUGGAUGUGGAUGCGCAGUACAACCGCUCGUCACACGCCAUGCCUGCCCCGCACCCGCCAUACCCCCAUGGUGAAGGGCCGGCGGGGGAGAGGGGCGGUGGCGGGGGGAGUGGAGGGUCGUCGCCACACCAUCCUUCUUACAGAGGGGGAGGGGGAGGGGGAGGGGGGGAUUACCGCGGGCAUUACUCCCACUCGCAGCGGUAG